CGCCGGCCCCGUGAGUUACUCCCACGUCCCCCGGGGCUCGCUGCCGCCCCCGCCGGCGCCGAGAGUCCGGACGGGGCCCAACGCCCUCCCGGGCCCCCCGGCGGCAGCGGCGGCGGCGGCGGCGGCGGAACCCCCCGCCCGGGCCCCGAUGAGUAACUCCCGGAAUAACCGGGUGAUGGUGGAAGGGGUCGGGGCCCGGGUAGUGCGCGGCCCGGACUGGAAGUGGGGCAAGCAGGACGGCGGCGAGGGCCAUGUGGGCACGGUGCGGAGCUUCGAGAGCCUCGAGGAGGUGGUAGUGGUGUGGGACAACGGCACGGCCGCCAACUACCGCUGCUCUGGGGCCUACGACCUGCGCAUCCUGGACAGCGCGCCCACCGGCAUUAAACAUGAUGGAACCAUGUGUGAUACCUGCCGUCAGCAACCAAUCAUUGGCAUUCGAUGGAAAUGUGCAGAGUGUACAAAUUAUGAUUUGUGCACAGUUUGUUAUCAUGGAGAUAAACAUCACUUAAGGCAUCGCUUUUACCGAAUUACUACACCAGGAAGUGAGCGGGUUCUGUUAGAGUCUCGUAGAAAAUCUAAGAAGAUUACAGCAAGAGGGAUCUUUGCGGGUGCCAGAGUGGUUCGAGGUGUGGACUGGCAAUGGGAAGAUCAGGAUGGAGGAAAUGGGCGUAGGGGAAAGGUAACAGAAAUCCAAGACUGGAGUGCAUCAAGCCCACAUAGCGCAGCAUAUGUUCUCUGGGAUAAUGGUGCGAAGAAUCUUUACAGAGUUGGCUUUGAGGGGAUGUCUGACUUGAAGUGUGUCCAGGAUGCCAAAGGAGGUUCCUUUUACAGAGAUCAUUGCCCUGUAUUAGGUGAGCAGAAUGGCAACAGGAAUCCUGGUGGAUUGCAGAUUGGUGACCUGGUAAAUAUAGAUCUUGACCUGGAAAUUGUACAGUCUUUGCAGCACGGUCAUGGAGGAUGGACUGAUGGCAUGUUUGAGACUUUAACUACAACUGGAACUGUUUGUGGAAUUGAUGAAGAUCAUGACAUUGUUGUACAGUAUCCAAGCGGCAAUAGGUGGACCUUUAAUCCUGCUGUUCUUACUAAAGCAAAUAUCGUCCGAAGUGGGGAUGCUGCUCAAGGUGCAGAAGGAGGUACCUCACAAUUUCAAGUAGGUGAUCUUGUCCAAGUGUGCUAUGAUCUGGAAAGAAUUAAGCUUCUGCAAAGAGGACAUGGAGAAUGGGCUGAAGCUAUGCUCCCAACUUUAGGUAAAGUUGGUCGAGUGCAACAAAUUUAUUCUGACAGUGAUUUAAAGGUGGAAGUUUGUGGAACGUCUUGGACAUAUAAUCCAGCAGCAGUAUCCAAGGUGGCAUCUGCAGGAUCAGCCAUUAGCAAUGCAUCUGGUGAAAGACUCUCCCAACUCUUGAAAAAAUUAUUUGAAACCCAAGAAUCUGGUGAUCUCAAUGAAGAAUUAGUUAAGGCAGCUGCCAAUGGAGAUGUUGCUAAAGUGGAAGAUUUGCUAAAAAGACCAGAUGUGGAUGUAAAUGGACAGUGUGCUGGUCACACUGCUAUGCAAGCUGCUAGUCAGAAUGGACAUGUUGAUAUUUUGAAGUUACUUCUGAAGCAAAAUGUUGAUGUAGAAGCAGAGGAUAAAGAUGGAGAUAGAGCUGUCCAUCAUGCAGCUUUUGGGGAUGAAGGCGCGGUAAUAGAGGUACUGCACCGAGGCUGUGCUGAUUUGAAUGCUCGAAACAAGAGAAGACAGACGCCACUUCAUAUUGCUGUUAAUAAAGGUCAUCUUCAAGUUGUGAAGACCUUAUUGGACUUUGACUGUCAUCCCAGUCUCCAGGACUCUGAAGGUGAUACCCCUCUUCAUGAUGCAAUAAGUAAGAAACGUGAUGAUAUCUUGGCAGUUCUUCUGGAAGCUGGAGCAGAUGUUACUAUUACAAACAAUAAUGGAUUUAAUGCUCUACAUCAUGCUGCACUAAGAGGGAAUCCCAGUGCAAUGCGUGUUUUACUCUCUAAACUACCAAGACCAUGGAUUGUGGAUGAGAAGAAAGAUGAUGGUUAUACUGCCUUGCAUCUGGCUGCCCUUAAUAAUCAUGUUGAAGUGGCUGAAUUAUUGGUACAUCAGGGUAAUGCAAACCUGGAUAUCCAGAAUGUGAAUCAACAAACUGCUUUACACCUUGCUGUUGAAAGACAGCACACCCAGAUUGUGAGGCUUUUGGUUCGUGCAGGUGCCAAAUUAGAUAUUCAGGAUAAGGAUGGAGAUACUCCUUUGCAUGAAGCUCUGAGGCAUCACACAUUGUCUCAGUUGCGUCAGCUGCAAGAUAUGCAGGAUGUGGGGAAGGUAGAUGCCACCUGGGAGCCAUCCAAAAAUACAUUAAUAAUGGGACUUGGUACCCAGGGGGCAGAGAAGAAGAGUGCAGCAUCUAUUGCCUGCUUUUUGGCUGCCAAUGGUGCUGACCUGAGCAUUCGAAAUAAGAAGGGUCAGUCACCACUUGAUCUCUGUCCUGAUCCAAGUCUCUGCAAAGCGUUGGCAAAGUGUCAUAAAGAAAAAGUCAGUGGUCAGGUGGGUUCUCGAAGUCCGUCUAUGAUUAGUAAUGAUACGGAAACCUUGGAAGAAUGUAUGGUGUGUUCGGAUAUGAAGAGGGAUACUCUUUUUGGCCCAUGUGGCCAUAUUGCUACCUGUUCUUUGUGUUCUCCACGAGUCAAGAAAUGCCUGAUCUGUAAAGAACAAGUUCAGUCCAGGACCAAGAUUGAAGAAUGUGUGGUAUGCUCUGACAAGAAAGCAGCUGUUCUUUUUCAACCUUGUGGACACAUGUGUGCUUGUGAGAACUGCGCUAGCCUGAUGAAAAAGUGUGUGCAGUGUCGCGCAGUAGUUGAACGGAGAGUGCCUUUCAUUAUGUGUUGUGGAGGGAAAAGUUCAGAAGAUGCUGGUGAUGAUAUCUCAAGUGGGAAUAUUCCAGUAUUACAAAAGGACAAGGAUAAUACCAAUGUCAAUGCAGACGUACAGAAGUUGCAACAACAGUUACAGGACAUUAAAGAACAGACAAUGUGCCCUGUGUGUUUGGAUCGUCUGAAGAAUAUGAUUUUCCUCUGUGGCCAUGGAACGUGUCAGCUCUGUGGAGACCGAAUGAGUGAAUGUCCAAUUUGUCGCAAGGCUAUUGAACGAAGGAUUCUUUUGUAUUAACUAAAAAACUCAUUUGUGUUUUGUUAGCUGAAGUAUUUGCUUAUGAACUCUUUGUAAGCUUUUAAGUAGUUGGAGAGCCUAAUGAAUUAAUCUUUUGUAUUAGUUUCCUUUAGACCGUAAAUAUACCAGAACAAAAAACCUUCAUGAAACAGUAUUUUAAAGUCAUGUUUUUUUUAUUUGAUGCAUCAAGUUUGUGUAAUUCAUUUACUUUUGGCUUCUAAGGCAGAACAUGUUUAAGGAUCUCCUGGGUUCUUUUUGUUUUUAAUCGUGUGUGUGUGUGUGUGUUCUUAAUAGUUUAUAUAUUUGUAGAUUUCAAAGGGUGCACUUCUUUGAACGCUGUUUUUCAGUUAUGAAUUUACAUAGUUGAAAAGUCAUGCAUCAAAAGAAAGGGGCAAGUCAAACUAUUAUGUCACAUAUUAAAUGAUGAAAUUAGAGCAAAAGUCUUACAUAGCUAAGAGAAUAUUGAAGAGAGAUUUCUCUUUAUAACAUUAAAUGUUAAAUAUCCAAAUGAUUGUUUUCCAAAAUCUUAGAAUAAAUAAAAGCAUAGAUUCAGAGAAUAAUGACUUUGCAUUUAACUUAUUUUCUAGAUUUACAAAGAAAAUAGUUUAAAUUGAACAAAUUGCCAGUUUAAAAUGAUUAAUAGGCAUGAGAAAUAAGUUCAUAGUAGAAUACUUAACUAAUUGGUCAUUAACAGUUGCCAUUUUUAGAUUAAUUUUUAUACUGUUUCGUGUAGCCUGUCUUUAAAAAAUGUGGAUGAAACGUACCUCAGUUUCCCCACAUGGUAAUUUAUUCUGGCUUGAUCUGACCAGUUAAAUGAUACUGUUCCAUUUAGCCUCUGAUGGCCUCUAAUAUCUUCAUCUAAGUCUCUGAUCUUCAAGUUUUCUUAUGCCCUUUGUGAGCUGAAAAAGAGGAUACAUUAUUCAAAACAAAAAUCUUUUCUUGUUCAUUCUGACAAUGUUUCUCAUUCUACUUUCUCAUUCAUAGCCCUUCUUUCCGUUCUUGCUCAGAUAGUAGUGAAAAAUCCUCUUUAUACCUAAAAGGAUUUUUAAAACUGCGAGUAAUAUUCAAAACAUGAAAAAUAACCUAGUAAUAAAUAUGUUAGAAGUGCCCAGGACAUUAAAAUAUAUAUUAUCUGUUUACCUGUAAUUUUUUUAUUCAGACCUUGACUCUAGAGCUUCUAAUAUUUUUUUCCUUUGAGUAAUCUUAACUAUGUCUCUGAUAAAGAUACUUAUAAAUGUUUUUGGGUUUAUUGCUGCUAGAUUGUAAAAAUAUCAGCUUGUUUACAUGUGUCUGCUAUAUACUGUAUAUAUACUUACUGUUAAGUAUAAAUUUUUUUAGAGUUGUUCCCUACCUGGCCCCUGUAGAGUAUGGUUCUUAUUUCAGUUUUUCUGCUACAACAACUAAGUUUGAAAGUACAGCUUUCCUGACCCUUGUAAUUCCUUGUUUUUGACUGUUUAGUGACUGCUGCCUUUGUAAGACCUGGUGAAAAGAAUGAUACGCUUUGCUGGUUGAAUUUAUAUUACAGUCUUGGUAAUUCCAUAUCUGAGAUUAGCUGAGUUCAUUUAGAACAGAAACAUUUUUUAUAUAUUUAAUUUUGAAAAUGUAUAUUGUUCCCUUAGUUAUAUAAUAAAAGGCCACUGAGGCUAUUUUUGAAGCCAUAUUUCAAAAUUAUGAAAAUGACAUCAGAUUGAUGUUCAAAUAACUUGGAUUGCUUUCUUUCAGAUUUAAAAAUGAUAUAUAAAUCUGAGAUGGUAUAAAAAUCAGGAUACUCCUUUCUUUCUGUGCUAUAGACCAUUCAGCUAUUUUCUACUAAAUCUCUGUAACCUACUGGUUGAUUUAUAUUUAAUUUGGCCAACCAGAAAAUUAUACGGUGUAGAGUGCUACUUAAUUCUUUAAGUUGUCUUCUUAGCUGCAGUGCUAAAACUUAUAUUCCUAAAUGGUAAUUUCAUCUUUUAGAAAAGCUUAUUUCCUCCAUAUUAAAAAUAUAUUUUAUAAGCUAUUAAAAACAACAUAGUCACUAGAAUUAAUAGUGCUAUAUACUUGUGGGUUUUCUGUAUUUGUAGCACUUUAAAAUUUGAUGAAUAGAAAAUAUUUUUCUGUACAUAUUGUCAAGCACCGAAAAAUUAUUAAUUUUUUUUAAUUUGUGGGAGAAUAAGAUUAGGAACUUAAUUCUUUUAAGUGACUGUCUUUUGUUAAACUGCUACCUCUUCUAUGUCUUUCAGCAGUACUUUUCAAUUAGGUGUUUUCUUCUCAUUAUCUUUUUAUCCUGUGCCUCAAAGAGCUUUUUGUUCUGGCACCAUUAAAAAACAACUGUUAGGCAUUCAUAAAAAAAUGUGUUUAUUGAGCUUUGGGGUUAGAUAUGUAGUAUUAGGAAAAAGUGGUCAGCAUUUUAGCAUAUGGAAUUAAUCAUAAACACUUGUAUAUUUGAAGUAAUUUGUAAUCAAAUAGAAGGGAUCCAAAGGUACUGAUAACAUUUCUCCCUGUUGUUUCAGAAGAAGUGUAAUUAAGUAGUAUUUGGAUUCCUCUUUUUACCUCCUUAUUUUUAUUGUAUUUUCUCUUUGAUUCUUAUAAGACUGUCAGCUUUGUUACCCAAAACACACACACAACUUACCAGGUGGUGCUAUUUUAAUGAUUUUUGUUUAUAUAGUUUAACAUUCUUACUGCUUAUACUAUAUACAUAUUUAAUUUUAUUGGGAGCAGGAAGGCUUUUUAAGAGAAAUAAUUUCGUAUGAUUAUAGAAAUAGUCAAAUGUUUAGGUAGUCAAAUUAUGUGUGGUUCAGAUACUAGUAAAAUAUUUGAGGUUGAUCACUAUUGAGGCAUAAAGUUGGAAAGGUUGGAAGUAACAUUUUAAAACUUACAUUUGAUAGCUUUAGACUGUAAGAACAUUUUAGCAUAUUUAAAUGCAUGCUGCUUAUCAUUCAAGUGAAAUUUCCACAGAAAUGAAGGUUGUUGAGUCAUUUUUACAUGUUAGAAUAUUCUGUCUAAGUCACAUGUUACUCAGUUGCUGUUCUUUGUUUAUUAUGAAUCUUGGACUGUUUUGAACUAGGAAUUAAACUUACAAAGAGAAUCAGUAAUGGGACAUAGGAUAGGGAAGACAGUAGGGAACUGCAACAAGCAAGCAAGAAGAGUCAGAGUGUAAAGAAAAAAGGAGAAUCAUCUAGAUUUCCUCAAAGCACUAACUGGAAAUAUAGUUUUUAGCAUAGUUGAAUUGACAGUUGCUUUGUAAAUUAUAGGAUUUUGAUGCGGCAUGCUUUAAAAAAAAAUCCAAAAGAAAAUUCUAGCACUUUUCCUCACAGUGUCUAAAAUAUUUUAUAGUAAUAAUUUGUGUAAAAGUUAAAGUUUUGAAAUAGAACUUUUUCAUUUUGUAACGUUGAUAAAAACAGAACAUGAAAUUUACCAUCUUAACCAUUUUUAAAUAGUAGUGUUAAGUAUUAAAUUAUACAUAACAGUAGCAUCAAAUAUUAAGUUAGUAGUGUUAAGUUGUUCAAUGAUAAGACUGUCUGAGUCUGUCUGUCUGUCAUCCCGUUGCUCAUCAAUUUGUUCGAGCGGGCACCAGUAACGUCUCUCAUUGAGAGACUUAUUGUUACUGUUUUUGGCAUAUCCAAUAUGCAUGGGUAGCUUACCAGGCUCUGCUGCGCGGGCUUGAUACUUGGUAGCUUUCCGGGCUCUCCGAGAGGGGUGGAGGAAUCGAACUCGGGUCAGCCUCGGGAAAGGCGAACGCCCUACAACUGUGCUAUCGCUCCAGCUUUCCUUGUUAAAUGAUUACCUAGUACUUCUCAUCUUGUAGAGUUGAUACUGUGUAUCUAUUAGAUGACAUUUCCUUUUUCUCUACCCCUCCCCCCCUGGAAAAUAAAAUGUUGGUAAAAUAUAAAUCAAGAAACACUUAAACUACUAUAAAAUGUAAAGUCAUGAUAAACAUUAAACACCUAACAUUUGGGAGACCUCAGAAUUGUUCUCUCUCUCUGAAUUGUUAUGUUAUUAUAUCUUAGAAGGUUUCAUUUUUUUCAUUUGAGCCAGAGGGGAUGAAAACAUUUGAAAAUUUAGAUUUAGGUUUGAGUUUUUACUCAAUUGGGAAGGUAAUUAGAUUUUUCACAAAUUAUGUGUGCCUUGUUGAAAAUGUCACUCAUCUUUAAGUCUACUUGUAACAGUUUCAAAAUAUUUUUUUUCACUCAAUAAAGCAACCUAAUUGAAUAUUAUGCUAGGAAUACUUACUGAUAAUAUAUAUAGCCUUGAAAAUUAGCAUAUAUAAAUAAUUAUAGCAGUAUUAUAAAGCUGUCCUUCUUUAAAGCAGUAAAUUUGAGGAAAAACUGCUUAAUACUGUCUGUGUAUAUUGCUUUGCCAUAAUGAGAGGGAAUGCCCUUUAGAUUAACCCUCAGUUUACUGAUAAAUGGUUAGUGUGGGUAAAAUUAGAAUAUUAAAAAUAUGAACUAGAUAGUAGAGCUGUCUUAUUAAAAUUGUAAUUUGCAACAUUGACAUUCUACCUCCUUUUCUGAGUAUUACCUUUCUAGCAUUUACUCUUAUUUGUGAUUAAGGAGGAAAUGGAAAUCUAAGAUUUAAAUUGAGAUUUUUAUUUUGAGGAUUUAAGAGUAGGGACAGCAAAGGUGACUUGCCACAUCGAUCUGGUGCCUAAGUCCAUAACUAACUAUAAGCUAUAAUUGCUAUAAUUGAUGUGUACAAAAUGCUUACGAAAGAUACUGAAUAUUUUACUUUUCCUGUAUAGUUAACAUGAUUUUGUUUCAUUAAAAACAUGACUUUUUUCCUCCAAAUAGCAAAAUGGUCUUGUAGAUUUCUAUAAAAUAAACAAAUGUACCAUUUUGUUUAAAAACUAUUUUCAGGAAGCUAUUGAAAGUUCUGACUCAGGGCUUUUUAACAGUUGUUAAUUAUAUUUUGGAAAAUUCAUCUACAUAAUUUUCAGUGCCUUGAAAGAAUUAUUAACUUAGCAACACUACUAAAACUUUAUAGAUGACGGUCUUUAAUGAGCUUGUGUCAGUAUAUACACACUUAUAAAUCAUAUUGCUAGCUUGGUGAUAGCGAUACUGCAUGUGUGCUGGGUUUGGGUAAUUCUUUAAAGGAAGUUUUCUAGAUUUGCACUUGAUACUUUUUUUUUUUUUUAACCUGGUUAUUAUGGCCAUGAAACUGUUACCAGGAAAGUAAUUUUGUGUUAGGCAUUAUGCAAAGUCAUAUCUAAGAAGCAUUUGGGAAGGGGAGAUAGGACACACUGGGUUUGCUGUUUCUUGUGCAUCUGAAGAGAAUGUCUGAUAAAACAUGGUCUUUCCUUCAAAUGACAGCCUUUUUGUUGAAGUAAUUACUGUUACAAAUUUCUAAACAGAAUUAUAAAUUGCAUGUUACUCUUAAUGCUAGUCUUAGAUUGAAUCCACAAAAUUGUUUUUCUGUUAAGUUCAAUGUUUUUGUCAUUCUUAGUAUACAGUAAUAGGAUGCAGUUUAAUUGACUCAUAGCAGUGUUUUGCUUUGUAUUUUUUUCAAGUGAUUUUUAGCUUUACUCGAUUAGAUACUUGUUUGUGAAUACAGUUUCUGUAUGGCAAAUGAUUCUCAUUAGUAGCUUCUGUUAAAAAAAUUUGCCUAGUAAGAGCUAAUCUUUUAAAAGUACAUGCAAGCAUUUAUCAUUAAUAAAACCUAUCAUGUAAUGUCACUAAA